AUGUCAUUUACCCCGCAGUUCUUCACCACGGCAGAGAGCCUGGUGGACUCGCUGGACAAAAAGCUUCUGGUGGUUCUGCGUGACGGCCGCAAAAUCAUCGGCAUUUUGCGCUCAUACGACCAGUUUGCCAACCUCGUGUUGCAAGACAGCCUCGAGCGCAUUUACGUUGGUGACGCCUACGGAGACAUCGAGCGGGGCGUCUUUAUAAUCCGCGGCGAGAACGUCGUGUUGCUGGGCGAGAUCGACGGCGACAUUGAGGAUGCUCUCCCGCUGCGCCAGCUGCCGAUAGAGAACAUUUUGCAGAUGCAGCGCGAGGAGGCUGAGGAGAAGGCUCGCAAGGACAAGCUGCGGUACCACCUGCUGCAUAAGCAGGGCUUCAGCGUAGAUUUUGCCGAAAUGACUUACUUGCAAUAA